CACACACACACACACACUCUUGUCACUACAGUAUUAGUCACUGAGGUUAGUAAUGUGGUACUCCACAAUUUCAUCCCGUCGUGUUCCCUGUUGAGUCUGAGGCCUAGAAUUAGUCCCACAUUUGAGAAACAAGCGGAAACCAGAGGAAACAAGGAAAGGCCUUCCUGUUCGCACCUGCAACUCUGUCUUCACCUGGACAGGAGACAAUGUCCAGUCCAGUCCGAAUCCAGACAGACAGCGCUGUUCUUCAGCCGCCGCGCUCCACGGGCUUCACCGAGAGCUCGCUGGCCCUUCUCAAGCGAGAAGAUGGCGUAGUGCAAACCUCAGAGAUGGUCGACCACAAACCCCGUCUCGACGGCUCGGACCGAGGCCAUCCGGGACUCUACCUGUCCUGCUUCGACAUGCUGUUCACCGAGGACACAGCCUGGCUGGUGAGGCUGCCGGAUUCCUCCACGCCCGAGGCCGGGUCCAGGCUGGACUCGUGUCAGGAACCGGAGCAGUGUCCCGUGAUCGACAGCCCCGGCCUGGGAACCUCGCCGCUGUCUCCCACCCUGGAGGAACAGGUGGAGGAGAGAUCUCUAGAGCAGGUGCAGAGUCUGGUAGUGGGAGAAGUCCUGAAGGACAUCGAAACAGCUUGUAAACUUCUCAACAUCACACCAGACCCGAUGGAGUGGAAUAGUGGGAACGUUCAGAAGUGGCUGUUGUGGACGGAGCAUCUCUACAGGCUUCCUCAGGUGGGAAAGGCCUUCCAAGACCUGGAUGGGAAAGAUUUAUGUUCCAUGAGCGAGGAAGACUUCCGACAGCGUUCUCCACAGUGCAGUGAAACGUUACACGCACAUCUGGAUAUAUGGAAAUCAGCUGCCUGGAUGAAGGAGAAAUGUUCAGGUGGAGAGACCAGGAUGAGAGAAGGUGAAGAGCUGUGGUCAGAAGCAGAUUCGUCUUGUUCUGGUCAGCCGAUCCACCUGUGGCAGUUCCUCAGAGAACUUCUCCUCAAACCCCACAGUUACGGACGCUGCAUCCGCUGGCUGAAUAAAGACAAAGGGAUCUUCAAGAUCGAAGACUCUGCUCACGUGGCACGUCUCUGGGGUUUGAGGAAGAACCGUCCGGCUAUGAACUAUGACAAACUCAGCCGCUCUAUUCGGCAGUACUAUAAGAAGGGCAUCAUCCGCAAGCCAGAUGUCUCGCAAAGACUCGUCUAUCAGUUUGUCCAUCCAGUAUAAGAGAGAUAGCGAACUCAGAACUAUAUGAACUGACAAACCCUCCUACACUUUUCUUGCUUUAUUUUGGAGAUUAUUCCUGGGUUUUGCACAACAGCGAAACCAAGAAAAAUUUAAGAAAGUUUUCUAAGUAUAAAAUAUAACUGUGCUUGGAAAGGUCCGAUAUAAACUUGCACUCUUUUAAAAACA